AUGGAUCUAAACUGCUCUCUACUUUUUAAGCCUUCAAAUCCUCCAAUUGUUGACACAACAAUCAAAGAUCAAAAACUGAUAAGCUCAAUUUUACCAAUAAUUGAAGCCAAAAAACGUAUUAUGCAUGCAUUUAAUGAUUUAGAUGAUAUAUUCCUUAAAGGCCCGAUUUUGUUUGAAGAAAUAAUUUUAUCUAAUUUUAAUAUUUUUCGUUUAGUUGAUAAUUUUUCGCCAAAUCCAAUCCCAAUACCUUUUAAUGAAUUAAAAAGUUGGGAAUCUUCAAUACAAAAUGAAGGAAUAUUUAAUAGUAGAUGUCAAAAAGCUAUUCUUGUUGACAGACUUUUGCUGGUUGGUAUAGCUAAAUCUAUGCCUGUUUUUGAAAAAUUGACUUUAUCUGAUCAGGUAUAUAUAAUCUAUAUGACCUCUAAUAUUCCCUUUUAAUCCCUUAAAAUCCAAUUAUAUAACUCAAUAUUUAACGAUAUCCUUCUUGAUCCAUCGAUGCCCCUAUAAGUCCCCUGAUAUUCCCUUUAAUCCAUCUAUAUUUAAUCUUAAAUUCUUUAAAUCGACCCACACCAUUCGAGUUCUA